AUGCCUCCUGCGCGCCGCUCGACGCGCUCUGUGCGUGCCUCUGAGGAGCCUGCACCACCUGCAUCGAAGAGGAAACGGAGCGGGCCGGCCCCCGAUGACGACGACUUUCUGGACGGCGAGGAAGCCGAACCUCGCAAACCCGCGUCGCGCACCACAGCGCGUAAACCCAGCACAACUCGCACCGCAAGUACCACACGCAAAGCAUCGAAUACAUCUACGCGCCGCGCACAAGUUAUUGACGAAGAAGACGAGGAUACGGAUGAGAUCUCACGGCCAGCCAAGAAAUCGCGUUCGUCUAACGAGGCGGAGGAGGUCGUGGUAAAGCAGGAGACUAAGCCAGCGACAAAGCGCGCUACGCGUGGGAAGGGAGCCCCACCACCAAAGAAGCAGGAGAUUGUUAUCGUGGACAGUGAUCUCGAGCCUGACUCUGAGAUCGAGGAGAUCCCGCCACCGCCAAAGGCCAAGACGACCACGCGCAAGCCGCCCUCGAAGCGCUCAAGCGCGGCGCCGGCAAGUCGUGGGGCCACACCACGUGCCUCGAGAGCGGUCAAGGCCGAGCCUGUGGCGCCGGCUCUGGAGGAGGUGCAGGAGGAAGACGAGGAGGAGACGGAGAAGCCGGCGAGGAGGGCGACGCGGACGAGUAACGGGACUUCGAGGAAGACGUCGGCGACGUCAUCGAAGAAGGUGGCGGUGGAGGAGUCAGAUGACGAGAUUGCGAUGAAGGACGAGGAUGGUGAAGACGACUACGAGCCGCCGUCCAAGCCGGCCAAGCGCACGUCGUCCGGUCGCGGCUCAUCGGCCCGGCCGCCCUCUGCCCGCCCAUCGUCAUCCCGCACCUCGUCCUCUCGUACCUCCGCACGUGCGUCGGUAUCCAAGCAGCCUGCCGAAGAUGCCGACGCAAUGGAGGAAGACGAGGACGAUGAUCCCCCGCCCAAGCCACCCUCCAAGCGCGGGAAAGCGCCGUCCAAGCCAACUAAGCGCUCCUCCAAGUCAUCCGUCGCACACUCGGAGUCCCCUCCCCCUCCACCCGUCAUUCAAGAGCCCAUACCCGAAGAAGAUGAAGACGCUGCGCCCGCAUCACCGCCGCCUCAACCCGACGCCGACGAGGAGAUGGAGUUCCUGACCGCCAAACCUCGCACACCGAAGAAGGAGAAGGGCAAGGGCAAGGCGAAACCACAAGAAGAGCAAGAGUCCUUCGAAGAAGAGAUAUCGCUGCUUGAUACGAACGGCGAAUCACCUAAGAAGAAGGCUGCUUCGCCCGCGCCUGCGACUGAAGAAGAAGUGCCGAGUGGGCCAAAGGCGCGGUUGGUGAUUCAUAAGCUCGUUCUCGUCAACUUCAAGAGUUACGCCGGCAGACAAGAGAUUGGACCAUUUCAUAAGUCAUUCUCUGCUAUCGUUGGACCAAAUGGCUCUGGCAAGUCGAAUACAAUCGACGCGCUGCUCUUCGUCUUCGGUUAUCGCGCGUCCAAGAUGCGUCAAGGCAAGCUUUCCGAGCUCAUUCACAACUCGGUACACCACCCUGACCUCGACGAGUGCUCUGUCGAGGUUCACUUCCGGGAGAUCAUCGACGAGCCCGGCUCAGACUCGUUCGAGCUUGUGCCCAACUCAGACCUCGUUGUGAACCGCACGGCGUACAAGAACAACUCGAACAAGUACACGAUCAACCACAGGCAGAGCUCCUACAAGGAAGUCCAGACGCUCCUCAAAGGCCGUGGUAUCGACCUCGACCACAACCGGUUCCUCAUCCUCCAGGGUGAAGUCGAGUCCAUCGCGCAGAUGAAGCCCAAGGCCCCCACAGAGCACGAGGACGGCUUGCUCGAGUACCUCGAGGACAUCAUCGGCACCGCCGAGCUCAAGCCCGAGAUCGAGAAGGCCGGGUUGGAGCUGGAAGAGCUCCAGGAAGAGCGCAUCCGCCGGCUCGGACUUCUCAAGCUCACCGAAACUCGAAAGGACGCGCUCAAAGAGCAGAAGGCCGCAGCGGAGGAGCAUAUUCGGCUGAAGAACGAGCUGGCGAGGGCCGUCAGUUUCUUAUUGCAGUUCCAGCUGUACGCACACUUCAGGCAGGAGAAGCAAAUGAAAGAGGCCAAGCGUAUAGUCGAAGAAAAGCUUAAGGCUAUUCGUGCAGAGAACGAGGAGGAGCUGGAGCAGCAUGCGGAACUUGAGAAACUGUACAACGCCAAGAAGGGACAGUACGACGAGAUCGAGGCGGCUAUGGCGAGCACCAGCAACGAGCUCGCAGGUUUUCAACAGAGCGAGAAGGCGCUCGCGCAGAAGCACAAGGACGCCGACAAGAGGCACAAGAAGCUCGUCAAGACCAAGGAGAACGAUGAGAAGGCGCUCGACGACGCAAAGGCUGCUAUCAAGGAGAAUGAACAGACGAUGACCACGCAGAGCGAGAAGGUUCAUGAGCUCGAGGCCCAACUCGUCGAGGAGCAGGAGAAUCUCGAGAAGGUCAUGGAUAGCUUGAAGGACAAGACCAAGCACUUCCAGGACCAGAUCGAGACGAAGCAGCGCGAACUUCAGCCCUGGGCUGCCAAGACCAACGAGGCGAAGCGCCGUGUCGAUGUCUGCGCUAACGAGCGCGAGGCCCUUGUGCAGAAGGCAAAGGACGCGGAGAAGGCCCUCGCUGAAGCUCAAGAAACGCUCCAGGGUGUGCAAACCUCGCAGACGACCAAGUUGGAGGAGCAGAAACGCCUGAAGGACCGUAGGAAGGGUUUGCAAGCUGAGAUCGCCGAGGCCGACAGGAAACACAAGGACUUGCAGGCCGAAGUCUCCCUGCUCAACAAGGAAACCUCGCACCGUCGCUCGCGUCUCGACGAAGCGCGUUCCAACCAGUCCCAAGGUCGCAGCAACAACCAGGUCCUCAACAGUCUGACUACGCUCGCGGGCUCAGGUCGCGUCGGCGGCUUCCACGGUCGUCUCGGCGGUCUCGGUGCGAUCGACAGCAAGUACGACGUGGCGAUCACGACCGCCUGCGGUGCGCUGAACAACAUGGUCUGCGAUACCGUUGAGCAGGCCACGCAGUGCAUGGACUACCUCCGAACGAACAAGACCGGACGUGCAAACUUCAUGGUGCUCGAGAAGAUUAACGGCCAGCCGUCGAACGAGCCCACACCACUGACGCGCUUGUUCGACCUCGUCAAGCCGCGCGAGCCCAAGUUCGCAAAGGUCUUCUGGAAAGCGCUCGGCGACACGCUCGUGGCAGAUAACAUCGACCAGGCGAACAGCGUAGCUGUGGGCGGCAGGAAGCGCUACCGCGUCGUGACGCUCGACGGGCAACUCGUAGACUCGAGCGGUACGAUGUCAGGUGGUGGCAACUCCGUCCAGCGCGGCGGCAUGAGCGAGAAGUUUGCGGCGCAGGCGGUUUCGGCUGCGGAGAUGGGCAAGCUCGAGAGGGAUCACCAGGCGACUGCAGCUCAGCUUCAGGAGGCCCAAUCGCGCUUGCGCGCGGCUGAGGCGAGGGUGGAGGCUCUCAGGCAUGAAGGUCCGCAACUGGAUAGACAACUGCAGAUGCUCGAGGUCGACAUACGCGAUACGAACAACCGGGUCGAGGACGCAAAGAGACGCGUGAGCGAGCUCGGCGCGCGGUCGAAACCUGAUGCUGGCGACCAGAAGCGAAUAAAGGAGCUCGAGAAGGAGCACGCUCAGCUGCUGUCGUCGCUCGAGAAGCUGCAGUCAAAGUCCGGUGCCAUCGAGGCGGAGAUUGAGGCGCUCAACGAGAAGGUCAAGGCCGCUGGAGGAUCCAAGCUGCUUAUGCAGCGCAGCAAGGUCGACUCAAUCAAGCAGUACAUCGACAUUGCUACGCAGGAGGUCACCAAGGCCGAAGUCGGACUCGAUAAGGCGAAGAAAGAUGUCAAGCGGCUGAGCUCUGCCGCGGGCGGACACGAUCAAGCCAUCAAGGACGCCAAAGUCGAGGUUGAGGAUCUCGCUGAGGCGUUGGAGGAGGUCAGAGAGAAGGUCGUGGCUCGCGAAGAGGGUCUACGAGACGCGAGCGAGCGGCUUGACGGCAUCCAGGACGAGCUACAUGGUCUUAAACGGGACUUCGACGAGAAGACUGAGGCGUUGCUGGCCUUCCGUAAGCGAGAGGAGAAGUACAAGCAGAAGCUUGAAGAUAUUGAGGGCAAUCUCGCAGCUACGCAGGCGCUCAUCGAUGCCGAUGAGGCCAAGCACGCCAAGCUGGUGCUUGAAGAUAUCGACGAUGACGAAGAUGACGAUGAGGAGGAAGACGGCGAGAAGAAGGACGCGAAUGCCACUGAGAACGUAGAAGGCGAGAAGAGUGAGAAGCGUGUCAAGCCCGAUCCUGAGGAGCAGACCGGCUCUGGCUCUGGCUCCAAGAUGAAUAGGUCGAAAGAACAGUUCCAAAAGGACGAGCGUGGUUUUGUUCAUUAUCCUGAGUCCCAUCUCGCGAAGCAGAAUCAGGGUUCCCUCCAGGCCAACAUUCAGUCCCUUGAGGAGCAUUUGGACAAGACCAAGCCAAACCCGGCGGUACUCAAAGAGUACCGCAGACGCGAGCUCGAGUAUGAUGAUCGCGUGAAGCUCCUCGACGAGGCGACUGCUGCGCGCGACGCUCAGAAGGCUUUGUAUGAUAAGCUGUCCACCACGCGUCUCGAGAAUUUCAUGAAGGGCUUCAACAACAUAUCGAGCAAGCUCAAGGAGAUGUACCAGAUGAUCACGCUCGGUGGAAACGCCGAACUCGAGCUCGUCGACAGCAUGGAUCCGUUCUCGGAGGGCAUCAUCUUCAGCGUUAUGCCCCCGAAGAAGAGUUGGCGCAACAUCUCCAACUUGUCGGGCGGCGAGAAGACGCUGAGUUCGCUGGCGCUCGUCUUCGCGCUGCACACGUACAAGCCGACGCCUUUGUACUUCAUGGACGAGAUCGACGCCGCGCUCGACUUCCGAAACGUGUCCAUCGUCGCAAAUUACAUCAAGGACAGGACGAAGAACGCUCAAUUCAUCAUCAUCUCCUUGCGUAAUGACAUGUUCGAGCUGAGUCAGCGGCUCAUUGGUAUCUACAAGACGUCCAACCAGACGAGGAGUAUUUCCAUCGAUAACCGCAACCUGCACGCGUUCCUCCCGAGUCCUUCGCAGCCGAACGGCGGGCCCUCUCAGGCUGCAGGUGGCUCUUUUAUGAAUGGCUCCGUUGCAGCAUAG